AUGCCUAUAACGGAGUAUAAGCCUAGCUUCCUCCAAGAAGCCUGGGCGUUGUACGGCAUCGGCACGGCAAUUCUUCUGCUCCGCUUUGCCGUGCGCUUCAAGACGAUUGGAAUUAGCAGAUUGCAGUUUGACGACAUGUUCGCCUUCCUCGUGUUGAUCUUCUACGCGUGCGACGCUGCGACAGUUCAUCUUGUCUACUUUCUUGGGACGAACGUAGAGGCAUCGACAAUCCAAACCCAACGAGAAUUAUCCGCCGAAGAUGUCGCCGAUUUUACACUUGGGUCGAAACUACAACUUGUCGCUUGGUAUUCGUACACAGCUCUUCUCUGGUCGCUUAAAGGGACAAUGCUCUGUUUCUUUUCCCGGAUGACCAUCGGAACUUGGCAUAGUCUUUUGGUUAAGAUGAUCUCAAUCGCUUGUGCUUUGUCUUACAUUGCAGUGUUCUUCACGAUCACGUUUGGAUGCUUCCCCACGUCUAGGAAUUGGCAAGUUGUACCAGAUCCCGGAAAGACAUGUACCUUCAAGCUCCAGAAUCUUUUAGUUACCACAAUUCUCAAUGUGUUAACCGACGGGGCGAUGCUCUGCAUUCCACUACCCUUACUAUGGAAGCUCCAAGUCCCCUUCCGGCAAAAGCUCGUUAUAGGUAUACUUCUCUCGUCGGGUUUAUUCGUUAUUGCAGCAGCGCUCAUUCGCCUUGGCUUCUCCUUGUCGUCAAACGCGUCGGCCGCCAAUGUCAACAGCUGGGGCGUGCGAGAGACAAUCGUCGGUAUAAUCACUGUGAACAUCCCCGCCCUACGCCCCAUGUUCAACCGUUCAUUCUGGACACCGGGUCUCAGUCCUCCAGGAAGCGAGAGGCGGACCAAGUCGGGAACCGGAACCGGCACUGGGAUCAAAAGCACACAUCUAUCUGCGCACGUGCCUGAGGCUUUUGAGAUGACCACGGGAAAGAAGGGCCAUUUGGGAAAUUACACAAUGUACAGGUCCAGCACGGAUGGCGACAGUAGCGAAGAGGGUAUUCUAAGAGACCCCCAGCCUCCGUCCGUGCUGGUGAGCACCUCGUAUGAGGUCAGGAGCGAGCUCGACCUUGAUGAGACCACCUGG